AUGGCGACCACACAGCAAGCUGUCCGCAGAUGGAUUAUGACGGGUGGCGUCGCGGCUGUUACGAUUACUGGGACGAUUUACGGCGCCACGCUGAAGGAGGAUGUUACUGUGCAGAAGGAGAAGAAACGCAUCCUCCAAGCCACCCCCGAAGAACGAAUUGCUCAACUCGAAUUCUCGCGCGCCGAUCUAGUAGCAAAGAAGCAUGAGAUGGAGCUGAAGAUUGCGAAACAUCAUGAGAGGGUGAAGGCGAAGGAACAGGCGAAGGUUGAAGGGUCGAAGUGA